AUGAAUUUUGUAAGGCUUGGAAAAUUAGAAAGAAAAGUGCAAAAGCUCUGCUUAAAGCUGCACCAAGGACUGUUUGAUAUGGUAACUGAUAAUUAGCAAGAUGACAGCGACGAAAGCAUGAUGAGUGUUGGAGAGGUAAAAGAAAUCCAUCCCUUAGAAGCUAUGGCUCAUGUAACAGAAGCAAUUAAAGAAUUGUUAGUGCUCAAGAGGAGUUUAAAAACUUUCAAAGAGAAUGAAAAUUUUGAAACAACUAAGAACUACCAAAAGGCACUCCAAAAAUUAGAAGCUGAAGUGAGAGAGCACUUCAAAAUCGAAAGCCAACUGAAAUUAUAUAUUGAUAGCACAAAACAAAAAAUAGAAGAUAAUAAAAAAUUGCUAGACAGAGGUGCAGAUGAAUUAGAUAAAGAAAAAGAGAUACUUAUGAAAGAAUUAGCCACCCUAGAUGAGGAAGUUUCUUUACUCCCCCCUCCGUGAGCAGAUAAAAAUUUUAUUCGCUCUGAAGGGGGUUUUUUAAACUCAUAUAUAAAUUUUAUAGUAAAUUAUUUUUCGAAAUAUUUUAAAACAAAGAAUUAGCAAGAGAUUUCAUUAUAAUAAUUCGCUUGCCAGGGUGGGUUUUUACCCCAAAAAUAGUAACUUUUCCGAUAGUUUUGCUAGGUCACGGAGGGGGAGUUAGCAAAAAAAGCGAUUGUAUUGCAAGAUACAUUAGACCAAGGCGAAAUUUUAAAAGAGCCAGAGUCUGAAGAUGUGAGCAGUCCGGAAUCAGAAAAAGCUUUAAAAAUUGUCGCAAAAAAUAAAAGUUUGGAAAUCGAGAUUAAAAAGCUUCGCGAACAAAUUAAAGAGCAAGAAUGAGAAAACAAAGAAAUUCUUCGACAAAAAAAUGAAGCGAAAAAAGCUUUAGAGAAGUAUAGGUCUGGACAGUAUAACCCAGAGCUGUCCAUAGCUGAGUUUUAUAAGCUGAAAUUUGAAGAAAAAUGCUUGGAAUCCAUAGAGCUUCAAAGAAAAAUAAAGGACAUCCAAUCUGAAAAUAAAAAGCUUCUCUCCUAUGAAGUUCGUGUAAAUCCCCAUAAGAAUUCUUCAAGAUCCCAUUCUCCGAUGGACGCAGAAGUUUCCGCAACUGAUCGCCAGCGAAGUAUUUCUCCUUUAAUUGCAACUAAAAAUAACCUUUCACAAUCCCACAAAAGGAUUCCACGCAACACUUCAGUUGAAAAAAGGAGAAGAACUCCAUCAGCAGAAAGAAGAACUCAGCAGUCCUAUAUCACCAAUUAUAAAACUAAUAGAGCUUUAUAA